GUUCCAGAAACGUCGGCCCAGCUCAGCUCAAAGAGUCCAGAGACGGCCCCCUCAGACCAACCUGGAUGGUGCCAGGUGUCUUGGCAUAGGAGAAACCUGAGCUCCACCUGAUGGACUCAUUAACCUGGCGGAGGGACCUUUGCCCAACGCAUCAGCCCGUUCGCAGCUUCCUUCCUGCCAGGAGUUGCACCCUGUGGGGCAAACAGCAGAAGACUUUCCUGGGCCUUUGGAUUGUCCCGACUCUCCCAUGCGGGUUGCCGUGAUCGGAGCCGGGGUGAUGGGUCUGUCCACAGCCCUUUGCAUCCAUGACCGAUAUCCCUCCCUUGACCAGCCGCUGCAGCUGGAGAUUUACGCGGAUGAAUUCUGCCCCGGCACGACCAGCAGUGGGGCUGCUGGCCUUUGGCAGCCCUACCUGGACGACAGAGGAAACACGCAGGAAACGGUCUGGAACAAGGAGACUUUUGAUUAUCUGCUCCGACAUGUGGAUUCCGCAGAAGCCAAGGAGAUGGGGCUGUUUCUGAUCUCUGGAUACAACCUCUUCACACGGCCGGUUCCCGAUCCAUCAUGGAAACAUAUUGUCUUGGGGUUCAGGAAACUGACCCAGAAGGAGCUUGACCUCUUCCCCGGCUACAGCUACGGCUGGUUCAACACGGCCCUGAUCUUGGAGGGCAAAACCUAUCUCACCUGGCUUACAAACCAGUUGACCUCACGGAAGGUCCAGUUCUUCCACCGGAAAAUCAAGUCCUUCCAAGAGCUGACCGCUGAAGGGGUGGACGUUGUGGUGAACUGUACUGGGGUUCGUGCUGGAGAGCUACAGACUGACCCUGAGCUGUGUCCAGGCCGAGGACAGAUCAUCAAGGUGGAGGCCCCCUGGGUGAAACACUUCAUCAUCACCCAUGACGUUGACUCUGGGAUCUACAAGGAACCCUACAUCAUCCCCGGGAGCCGCACGGUGACCUUGGGGGGGAUAUUUCAGCUGGGGAACUGGAGUACAGAGAACAGCCCAGAGGACCGUAGAAAAAUCUGGGAAGGAUGCUGCAAGUUGAUGCCCAGCCUCCAGGGAGCCAAGGUAGUCGAGGAGUGGAGUGGCUUACGCCCAACGCGCCCUAAAGUCCGGCUGGAAUACCAGACCCUUCGUCAGGGGACGCUCCAAUCAGAGGUGAUUCACAAUUACGGUCACGGAGGGUUUGGGCUCACCAUUCACUGGGGCUGUGCCAUGGAAGCAGCCAAACUCUUUGGGAAGAUCCUAAAAAGCCAGAAGUUGACCAAGCCACCUCGGGCAAAUCUUUGAACAAGCGCAAAGGUGUAGAAAA